AUGGAAAAAAGAACCCACCAAGAAUCGUCGCUGUACCUCGACACAGUGGACCGAUCGAAACUCGACUUUGACUUUGAAAAGGUCUGCUCCGUGUCGCUAUCGCCCACCAACGUCUACUGCUGCCUGGUAUGUGGUAGAUACUUUCAGGGAAGAGGCAAGUCAAGCCAUGCUUACUUUCACUCCAUCAACGACGACCACCAUGUGUUUCUGAACAUGGAAACAUACGAGGUCUACGUACUUCCGGAGGGGUACAAGGAGACGUCACGUGAUCUCGAUGACAUCAAGUCCGUGGCCAAUCCUGUGUAUGAGGAGUCUCAGAUCAACAGGCUGGAUGUGGACAAGACGAGCUACACACUGACCAACAAGGUGUAUCGACCAGGGUACAUUGGAAUCAACAACAUCAAGCACAGUGACUACGCCAAUGUGGUUGUCCAACUUCUUUCACACACAAAGCCUCUGAGAAACUACUUGCUGUUGCACCCCAAAAGCGAGUCUGCCAUUGUGUCAGCAUUAUCACAGAUAUCCAGACGCAUUUGGAACCCACGGGCUUUCAAGAACCACGUGAGUCCACAUGAGUUGGUGAACCUAGCCGAAAAGCUGUCACAGGGCAAGUUCUCCGCCAACUUCCAGGCUGAUCCCUGUCAGUUUCUGGUCUGGUUGUUGGUACAGACACAUCUGGGACUAGGAGGAAGUUCGAAGCCGGGAUCUUCGUUGAUUCACCAUAUCUUCCAGGGAAAAUUGAACAAGACGACGGAAAAGCUGAGCGAGCGGGAGGUGAGUGGAAAGUCCGUUUUCGAUGUCAAGAGCUCGAAAACAACAUGUAUUCCGUUCCUGCUGCUGACUCUCGACUUGCCAGCGGAAUCCGUGUUCAAGGAUGGAGAUAACGAUACCACCCUUGAACAUGUGCCAUUAACAAGGCUGCUAAAAAAGUACGAUGGUGUAACCUGUGAGGAACUAGCCGGGGAGAGAAACACAUACCAGAUUGUGUCAUUACCCAAGUAUCUCAUUUUGCAUUACAAGCGAUUCUCCACCCUUCCAGAUGGAACCAAGGAGUACAACGGUACGAUUGUCAACUUUCCACUCAAGGGACUGGACAUGGCUCCUUACACCAAGGGACUGGAAGGCAAGUACAAUCUCAUCACCAACAUCACUUGCGAGGGAGGAGACAAGAAGGAGAAGGAAUGGAGUGUCCAGAUGCGUGAUGGGGGACGAAAAACGUGGGUGGAUGUCCGAGAUCUGGUUGUUUCUGAUGUUACCGAGCUCGGACAGGACUCCUUGUAUUUGAAAGAGGUAUAUAUUCAGGUUUGGAAGAGGGUUAACUAG